CAGUGUGCUCCUUCUCCUCCUGGAAUUCUCUCAACAGAAAGAUCAACAAUCAACAGAAAGAUCACUUCCUGGCCUGCUCCCACGGAAUUUUCCCAGUACUGGGACUAUUGGGACAAUGAAGGGCAGAGACACUGACGCAGCAGGCAAGACAGAGCACUAAGAGCCUUGGCAAAAUGUCCUUUUAGUACGGAAAGAGAAAAUGAAAUCGGGAAAGGACUCUUUGCCAAACAAUGAAGGCAAUAGUUUAUAGAGAGAUGCUAAUGUCUCUAACUUUAGUACAGGCUUCCCUAUAGCGAGGGUUGAGAGACCUGUGCCUUCACAAUCAAAAGGAUUCAGACCUCUCCUCUAGUACCUGGGAGCAGCUGAGGUCCCACCCACCAACCAGGAACUGACUGGGCUUCCUGAUGAUCUGUCUGGGGGGCUUUUUCAUCUCCAACUCCAUCUUCCACUCCCAGAGGAAUCUGGUCGUGGCCUAUGUGCUUCUGCCUAUGGGCUUUGUGAUCCUUCUGAGUGGAAUUUUCUGGGGUACCUACCGCCAAGCAAAUGAAAACAAAGAGAUGUUCAACCAUGUACUCAGACAGCACCUUGCCUUCCAGGACCUUCCCCUGGCCACUGUAGACAGGCCUGACUUUUAUCCCCCGGCUUAUGAAGAGAGCCUGGAUGUUGAGAAACAGGCCUGCCCUGCAGGAUUCCCUCCUCCUCUGUAUACAGAGACAAGCCUUGAACUUGAAGACCUUGAAGAUGAGAGUGACCUGCAAGCAGAGGCCCCGCCACCCUACCAGGAGAUCAUGGCAGAUGCGGCAGCUACAAGGAAGGCACAGGAUGCUGAGGAGCCAAGCCCAGUGCUGAAGGCAGGGAGUGCCCUCCAGCUCUCAGAACUCAUCAGCUGCUGAGAAGAGAGGCUGGCCAGGGACUGGGAAGUUGCUCUGUCACCCUGCACUGGAACAAGGCCACCAUGGGUUCCAGGGACUCAAGUUUAGCCUUUCAAGGACAGCAGGAGGUCCAAGAAGGGGGUAGCCACCAGCAGGCCAUGGGUACAGAAAAUUCCCACAAAGCCCAACCUAGAUGAACCUUUGAGAAGGUGUUUUCCACCUCAUUCCUAACCUCGUCACCUCAGCCCAAGUCUGAGGAUACGCUUGCUGGGGGUGGGACAGCUGUCCCUUCAUACGAUGCACCCAAAGAACCAAAGGAAAGGAUGCCUGGGAGGCAGUCCUUCGUCACACGACUGACUGUGCUCCCUGAGUGACACCAUCGUUCACACACACCAAGGGAGAUGCCCUAGGAGCCUAGGAGUGUUAUUUUGUAUCAUUGUAUUUUAAUUAUGUGUGGUUUUUUUCUAUACAAAGGAAAGAGACUGUAACAUUUGCUUUCAAAUGGUUCAAACACAACAUGUUGAGUUAUUUCUUUAAGAGGUCUUUGUACAAGCACACAGGAAUUCUUAUAGAUUCAAGUUGACUAGAUGGAAAACUUAAUUCAUGAUACAGAGAAUCAAGGGUGAUGUUAAUAUACAACUUGCUAUAAAUUUUGUGAAGUUUGAAAAGUGUUUAUAUGUCGUUUUCAAAGAUCCACCCCCGCCAAAUUCAGAAUUUAAGUGAUUAAAACAUGUAAGGCCAUAUCUCUAUUACCAGGAUGUUUUUUUUGUUUUGUUUUGUUGUUUUGUUUGGUGUCUCUGGAUAGAGAACUACAAUUCUAGAUUUAACCCAUUGGUCCCUCUUAGGUUUCAUUUUCUCUGUGUGAGUUUUUAAAAUCAGAGAACAGGUUGGUGGAAGGACGCUCAGCAGGCUGUCUGUGAGGUGUCUGUGCCGAUAGCAUGCCUUUCAAACAGCAGGUCCAACUAAGCCUCCUGUGCAGGUUACUUAACCCCCACUCCAUCUUUACAAGGUGAGAACCAUGCCCAUUCCUGUCCACCCAAUGGUUCAACUGAGGCUGCAAGACUUCAAAAAAAUGUGUCCAAUAAAACAGUGGCCUGAAGGAAGAUGAAGAACCCAAAGGAUGCGAGGGAACUUACUUCGUACUUUUGCAUUAGGCUAGAGGUGUCUUUCUUUCCUCCUCUCAGGAUGCAGCUUAGACUGCUAUCUCCAUUUCAGAGGCGAUCCCUAACAGAAAGCGAUGUUCUGGGUCACUGCACUAUCUUCCACCCUUGAAGGAGAAGGCUGGGUGGCCUUAGGUUUAUUGGGCUUCUCAGUUAAAAUAUGUCAGCCUUGCUUCCUGCCUGUGAGCUGGGCCCUCGUCAGAGAGUUUUCCUACAUCCUACUGACAGCUACAAUGGCAGGCAUGGGUGAGCCUUUGAAAACUCACAGGGAAGAAUGAAGCUGUCAAGAAAGUGAGUCAACAAGGUGGGACUGGGUGUCCGCAGUCCCCUACACAGGUCAGGAACAGCCUGAUCAACACUUGAUGCCAAAUGAACAAAGCCCUAGUCCAUGACACACACCCUUGUGAAUCUCUACUUUGACUCCACGACAAUGAGAGAAUGGCUAGAUAGAAAGGCCACUGAUGGUUGUUUAGCAGGAACGUGGUAGUUUAUUAGCAGUGAAAUUCAUUACUCCUUUCUUGUCAUUUCCUUUCAUCCCUCUACGGGGCAGUUCCCCCUAUGGGUCUGAUUGGCCAGCAUUAUUGGACUUCUAACCAAAUUCGCACGCAGAAUAGAUGGUUUCUGUACAGCUGUGGAUGGCUUAAACAAAUGUUCAACUCGGGUUGCAUAAAUUGUGGUAGUCUCUUCAAGGCAAUAAAUUUUGUAUUGAGUCUUUUUAAAAUUUAU